AUGGCUACACUCUCAAUAAACAUAAUAACACAUUACGUACCUUUUCGGCAUUAUAACCAAUUUCACCAAAUUAUCCGUAAAGCGCCUCGCGUUCACAACAGCCAUAAACAUUUUUUUAUACCAUUAGUGUUUGGGACCAACUCUUUAGCAAAAAAAAGUUUUUUUCUUGCAAAUCAACAAUGUCAAGCAUAUUUUACAACUCCGACACAUGAUUCACAACAACCCUCGCAAAAAUCACCAGAAACGCAACCUACUAACACCGACCAUAGUUCAAAAUUUUGGUGGCUACUUCCGGGUUCAGGACGACGACGACAAAUUCGCAUAACAAAAGAUGGCAAAUUAAGUUGGGAUGACUAUUUCUGGUUAAGAGUGCGACGUAGAAAUACAGAACGUGCGUUCACGAUACCAUCGACACUUCUUGGAUUUGGUUUGAGCACAGGGUACGUGGUUACGAGAGAAUUGGAUCCAACACCGAUAUUAGGACAGGAUCCAGCUGUGAUAUAUGGAUUGAGCAUUCUGCUGUGUUUGUUUAGUGGCCUUUUGAUUGGACCAGUAAUUGGAAGUGGAGUUUGGAAAUUGUUUCAUAGACGGGAAGUUAAAUUGAUGGAAGAGCGUGAUCGAGAAUUCUACGCACACAUUAAAACAAAUCGAGCUGAUCCAUCGUUGCAUUCAAUUAGAAAUCCUGCUCCCGAUUAUUAUGCUUUAUUUCGUGAACAUUUCACCACGUCUUUAAUAACCACAAAAUUACAAGACGCGUCAAAAUUAGCUUUGGCGUCGCUUCUUGAAAAAAUGGACUUGUUUCAUAAAUAUGACGAUGCAAUUGUUAAGAAUGCGUCACAAAUCAAUUCUAUCGAAAGUUCCUUGCGUAUGUUGACGUACGUGCUACCAGGACGGUUUGAGGAUUCCGAGUUGGCAUCAGAAGCUCUAUUCGCUGCAUUGAAUCUUAUUGGAUUAUAUCAUGAUUCAAUUUUGGUGCGUGCUGCUGCCGCCAAUCUUCCAUCGGCAAAAAGACCGACACCUUCAUCACAUAAUCGAUACACACGAUAUUGGAUCAAUUCAUCGAAAUCAUAUAAAACUGCCGCAUUUCUGUUGACACUUCUUCAGUGUACUGAUGUGUUAAUGGAGAUGAGUAUUCAAAAAAAAUAUGGGAAAGAAGUGAAAUGGAAUUUUAUUACCGCGAUUGAAACGAUAAAAACAUUUUGCAGAUUUGUACUCUUAUACCGAACUCGUAGUCGAAUUGUGGUUCAACCAUCUAUUCCUAGACGUGAAAUUGAUCCAGCGAUCUUUAAUGAAGACCAAGCGAAAGAAAGUCCUAGUGCAGAGACCACAGAAACAUCCUGGUUCACUACUAUGAGUGAGGAGAAAAAUGAAACAUGGACUGGAACACGUACUGGACAUAAACGUUUACAUAUUUCUGCGGUUGGUCAACAUAAUAUUCCUGGGAAUAAUAACCGAGAUGUCUUUGACUAUCUAACGAAGCGUGUGUUGAUGGUGGAAGAUGUCAGAAAUCCUAAAGACUUGAUUAAUAUUAUGAAUUUCAUCGGUUCUCUUGGUGAAAUCUUGUACAUAUUAAGGCCAUUAAUAUAUGUGAUUUCUAUCAGAAAGUAUGGAAAUCAAUCGUGGAUGCCAUGGCUAGCAUCAUUCGCCAUUGAAGCAUCAUCACGUUUACUUAUCGAUAUGUAUUAUAAAAAAUCGAUACCGGGUGGUUAUCGUUGGCUAUCAAGUCUUGAGAAAGAAGAGUAUAAAAGGAGAUCCCGUCAAUUCUUUUACUAUUUCUUGAGAAAUCCAUUCUAUUCCAAAUUCACAAAGCAAAAGAUUGACGCCUUUUGUAAUGCUGUGAGUACCAAACCGAUAUUGUCACUUUUAGGUGGCAUUUUACGAGAUUAUCAACCAUUAAUAGAAAAUCUUCAUUACUACACUGCUUCGUCAUGA